AUGGCAGAAGCUGAUGAAAGAAGUGAGCUUAUGGCAAUAAAAGAAGAGUAUAUGAAACUUCAGGACCAUUUAGCAGAUGCUGAACUAAGAUACCAUACCUUGCUCAAUAUUAAGGAAGAAGAAAACAAAGUCAAUAUAGACUAUGAUAGAAACUUACAUAAAUUUGUUUCCAAAUUGUUCAACAAAUCUAAUUAUAGUGACAUAGUUAUUUUAUUAGAAGAUGGUCAUCUUAUAUCAGCACAUAAAGUUAUUUUAGCUUCUAGAAGUCAAGAUUGGGGUGUAGAAGAUUUUCUACUUACGGAUCAUAUUGAUUUAUCAGGUAUUAUUUCUGAAAUUUAA